AUGGAUUCAUUUCUAGAAGAUGAAAUGGAAACUGAUUUUGCAGAUUUGGGGCUAACAUUACCAAACCUAUUAGAUUUCAAUGCAGAUGAUAUUAAUAAUAAUUUAGAAGAGGAUGAAGACUAUGACAGUAGCGAAGGGUAUGAUGACGAUGACGAUGAUAGCGAAUACGAAACAGCUAGCAGCGAUUUUGAAGAGAGUGACGAUGAAAAGGGUGAAUCCAAAAAAUCAAAAACUCAAAAGAAAAGUGUAAAUAUUGCAUUCCCAACAACUCCAAAAAAACCAGAUACACCUAAAAAACAAUCAAUGUUAUCAAAUAAAAAGUUUGUAAAUAUUAAAGAUCAAUUUGAUAUAUCAAAUUUUACUGAUAUUGUCAAAAAAAAGAAAACUAAAUCAAAAAAGAAAGACCUUGAGAGUGAAGAGGAAGACUAUCAAAUGGAUACUGACAAUGAAGAAGAAGAAAAAAGAAAUAGCGAAGAAGUCAAUGCUGAUGGAACCACCUCUACCCAAACAACAACAACAACAACAACAAAACCAAAAAAAAAAAAAAAAAAAGAAAAAGAGUUCAGAAUACCAAAACAAGCUAGAGAAAUUUUGACUAAAGCUAAUGACUUUUACACAAGAGGAAAAUGGAAUGAAGCAACUUCACAUUAUGCAGAGGUUAUCAGAAUGGUUCCACGUCUAUCACUUCCAUAUAAUAUUUUAGGUAAAAUUAGAGAAAUUACAGGUAAUCCAAAAGAAGCCUUGUCUUUUUUUAUUUAUGGUGCACAGAUUGAAGGUAAUAACAACGAGUUAUGGGUAAGCACAGGUCAUAGAGCAAAGGCAUUAGGUAACUUGGACACAGCUCUAUAUUGCUUUACUCGUGCCUUUAGGUGUGAUUCAAGUGAUAUAGAUUCUCUCUGGGAAAGAUGUGAACUUUUAAUUAAUAAGAAGGAUUACAAAAGAGCAAUUCCAGGUCUUCUCAAAUUAGUUAGUAUGGAUCCAAAAAACCCUCAAAUUCUAGAAGAGUUGGCUAAAGUAUAUUCAUAUUUGGGCCAGUAUCAUGAUGCUGUAGAGGUAAUUCAACCAAUGGUUAAGGAACAAUUAUUGCCAGAGAAUCCUUUAGAAUAUGUGUCCUUAGAUACUGUAAAUUUAUUGAUGGAAUUCUACAACAAAAUAAGAAACUUCACCGAUACAAUUUUAACUUAUAAUAAAAUCUCUGUAAAGUUUGGUUCAGAAAAUAAUGUUCCAGUGGAUAUGUUGUCCAAUGUUAUUGUCGCUUACUUUUCAAUUGGAACAGAAGGUGGCACAGAAAGAGGUACACGUCUAUUGAACUCACGUUUUUUACCAAUUGACCCUCAACAAGUAUGUGACUUAUUUUCAGAUAUGGGUGAAUCACUUUAUCAAUUGGGAAGAUAUAGUGAAGCAUUGCAAACAUUUUUACGUUUAAAAGAUACUAUAUACGACCAAGCUUCAACCUGGGUUAAAAUUGCUGAAUGUUAUAGAUAUCUAAAGAAUCUUCCUGCUGCUAUCGAAUACCUUUCAAAAGCAAAUAAACAAGUACCAGAUAAUGUAAAUACAACUAUUGCAAUGAGUGAAAUUUACAAAGAAAUGGGUGAUGAAGAAAAAGCUUUACAAAUCUUAAACCAAUCAUCUUCGUUCUCUGAUAAAAAUGAACAAACAGAAAAAGAAAUCUUUGCGACAACUUUAAAAGAAUUGGAAUCAAAAAGGGAAAAAAUUACACCAAAUGAGGUUAAAAUUACUUUUAGACAUGCUGAAGCUUUUCUAAAUUUAUCAAAAUACUCACAAUUUUUAGGUAUAGCAACAGCAUUACUUCAUGGAUCAAAUGACAAAUGUUAUUUACGAAGAAAGAUUUCAGUUGGUUUAUACAGAAAAAGAAGGCGUUCAAUCAAGAGAGGAAGAAGAGCAGAUUCAAAUAGCUCAAAUAGCCCAUUCGCGGAGCUAUUGGAUGAGGAAGAUUACUUUAGUCUUCUUGUUGAAACUUCAAAAGUAUUAUCACAUUUAAAUAGACACCAGGAAGCUAGUCAAUAUCUAAGAUAUGCCUUAAGAAAUAUAAAGUUUGAAAAUUCUCUUUUCACUCAUCAACUAAAAUUCAUUGCUGUGGGUGUUUCAUUCAAUGAUAAAAAUUAUUACCUUGCAUUUAAAUAUGUAAAAUAUGUUUGUUCGAAAAAACCCUAUGAUAACAAAGUUUGGAAUUUAUUUAAUAAAAUUAUUGUAAAUUAUGGUGGCAGAUCGACAGUUCAAAAUAGAUUCCUUGCAAAGAUUUAUGAAAAGUAUCCAAAUAGCUUACCUGUAUUAGUAAUGAUUGGUAAUCAAAAUAAACAAACCGAUAAUGUUCGAGGUGCAUUAUUCGAAUAUAUCAAAGCCUAUAGAAUUUCUCCAGACGAUCCAUUAAUUAAUUUAUUAAUUGGUGUUUUAAUUUUAUCUCAAGUAAUGGGUAGAAAACAAGCAAAUAGACAUAAAAUGACAAUUAUAGCUUAUUCUUUUAUUUUUAAAUAUGCAAACUUAAGAGGUGAAGGUCAAGAAACAGAUUAUAACAUAGCAAGAGCUUUUCACCAAUUGGGUAUUUAUAAUAUGGCCAUUAGCUUUUAUAAUAAAGUUUUAGAUUCAAAUGGCAAAGAUGAUGAAGAGGAUAAAGAUCAAUCACUAAAAUGCGAAGCUGCUUUUAAUCUAUCGUUGAUUUAUAAAACGAGGGGUAAUGUUAAUUUAGCAAAUCAGAUUCUAAAGAAAUAUAUAGUAGUUUAA